AUGGCAUCCACCGAUCCCAAACUCACCGGCUUCGACCUCAUCCAAACAACCUACAAACAUAUAAACACCCACUCCAUCCGCGCCGACAUCCUCAUCCCGCAAGCACCCCAUGCCGGUCCCCGCCCGGUGAUCCUCCGCUACCACGGCGGCGGCCUGUUGAUGGGCGACUCGCUCUUCAUGAUGUUCUUUCCGCACUGGCUCGCCGAUCUCGCCCUCGCCCACGGCGCCGUCAUCGUCUCGCCAAACUACAGACUCCUCCCCGAAGCCACCAGCCCGGAAAUCUACGCGGAUAUUGAAGAUUUCUGGACAUGGAUGCACUCGUCGGCUUUUACCGAUCUGCUAGCCACCCACUCCACCCCCACUGCCGCCGACCUCAAUCGUAUCUUGACGGCCGGUGAUUCGGCUGGCGGUCUGCUGAGCGUUUACACGGCCCUCGCGCAUGCGCCGCAGAUCCGCGCGUCGACGGCUUCGUACCCCUGGAUUGAUCCUGGUAGUGAGGCGUUUAUGACUGCGCGUGCGAUGCCGCCGUUUGGGAACUCGACGCCUGAGAAGAUUUAUGAUGAUUAUAUGAAGACGGUCAAAUUUGGCUCGCCCAAGUCGUCGGUUGACUCUAUGGAGAGCUUGACGAUUAUGUGCGCUGCUGUGGAGUAUGGUCAUCUGGGCGGUCUCUAUGCAAGGGAUACAGAUGGUGUGCCCCGCGAGACGCUCUACCCCAAGGCUCGACUUGAGCAGAAGGAUGUGCAGAUCCCUCGGGGCGGUCUCGCUAUUAUUCAUGGAGGGGACGAUACAGUGAUUCCGGUUGCAGAUUCGGAGGAGUUUGUGAAGAGGGCCAAUGAGUUUACCUCCCACCUUCCUGGCCCCGGAGUGACGCUUACUGUGAGAGACGGCGAGCAUGGAUUUGAUAGUGGGUUGAGGUGGCAUGAGGAGGAGUGGAUGCGGGAGGCGUUUAAGGAGGCUGUUCGGGCUUGGUUGGAGUAA